AUGCAGCACGAUUUCGCGAACGCCUGCUCGCUGGUGCCCGCGGGGGGGUCACGGGCUGCGCUGGUGUCGACGCUCCGAGACGUGGGAGACCAGCUGCUCGUCUGGGCGGAGUGGUUCCGGAUCAUUGGGUUCGCGCAUCUCUUCCUCUACUUCGACGAUCCCGUCGAGGACGCCAGCGCAAUCGAGGAGGCGCUCGGGAUUUACAGCGCCGAGUUCCUGAGCGUCGUGUGCAGCGGGCCAGGGCUGCGGUCGGAGUGGAGAUCUCUGCGGAGCUGGGGGGACCUGGCCGAGUUUGCUGACGACCGGAUGUGUCGCCAGCUGCUCAACAUUGCCCACUGCGUGCGCAGGUGCACGCUCGCCGCCCCAGGGAGUCCCGAGGCAGUGGACUGGCUCUUCCACCUCGACCACGACGAGCUCUUCGUGCCACCCGCGCACGGGCUUCAGGCGCACCUGAGGCACCUCGAGGAGGGGCGGUGCGAGCUGUGCCUCUACGAGAACUUCGAGGCGGUGCCCGAGGACCACACCCUGGCGCCCUUCCUCGACGUCACCCUGUUCAAGGUCCCCGCGGGCCGCGUGCCGAAGACGCCCCUGGGCGAGCGGGGCAUGCAGCGCUGGGCGAGGAGAACCCAGGCGGGGACUUACUUCCUCUACUACGACAACGGCAAGAGCGCGGCCCGGGUCCGCCGCGACGGGGAGCCCUUUGCGCCCCGGUCGGUGCACCUGCUGGUUCGUGACGCCACGGGCGAGGUGGAGCGGCUGCGCGGCUGCGGGGCCGCAUGGUCGACGUACCCCGAGAGCGAGCUGCUCACGAUGGACCUCGGGUUUGUGCGCCCACAGAGCGACGAGGUCGUGGCCGGCGCGAAGGUGCUCCACUACCCCGCCACGCAUCACGACCGCCUCUUCCGCAAGUACGACCACCUGAAAGACUUCCCGGCGGUCAGGUUCGGGGGGGGCAUCGUCGUGCCGCCCUCGUUCCACCUGGAGGCGAGGGACUGCUACGUGCGCCAUCUGCCCGACGGCGAGGAGGCGCAGAGGCGCCAGCUGAGGGAGCUCACCAGGAGGAAAAGGGGUCCUUCUGCUUGGAGCCGGCGGGGGGGUCCGGGCUGA